ACAGGCGCACGGAGCUCCUCGACUAUCAUCUAUAGGCUUUACAGGCGCGUGCGUGCGUGCGCAGGCGCAAAAAACCGAAGGGAAAAGUGCAAAAAGAGUCUUAGUGCGUGUUAAUGUGCGCGAGUAGUUUGUGCACGUUUGUCUAGAAAAGCCAAUGGGAUGAAGAACUGAUAAUAGAUGCAAAUUAUCCCUGAAACCGACACACACACACACACACACACACACACACACACACACAGAGGAGCCGGGAGGGGAGAGUAGAGAGGGAGAGUGAGCGCGCGCAAGAGAGAGAGCCAGUGGGGGAGAGAGAGAGAGGGAGAGAGAGAGGGAGAAAAAAUAUGAAACAACUCAUUUGCAGAGGAGUAAAUCACGGAAAACCCGUUUGAGAGCGCGACAGGGCUCCCGCUUACAGCGCGAACACCGGAAUUGUGAUGCGCACGAGCCCUUCCUCCUCCUCCGCUUCACCCUCUUCUUCUUCUUCUUCUCCUUCUUCUUCUUUUUCUUCUUCCUCGCUGGAGAUUUUAUGGAAUCGGUGUGAUUGUUGUUGUUGUUGUUGUGGCGGUGGUUUCUGCUCUGGCCGGCUGCCGUCACCGUUACUCACACCGAGACCGGCUGGCGUGUUGUGGCCGUGAGGGGGGAAACACCACAACAACGGUCACCGACAACCGGCGGCAGACCUGCCUCACUCUCCCUCCCCUCCGCUCCUCUGUCUGUGUGUCUCUGCUUCACACCGCACGACAGAAGCAGCAGAAAAAAGAAAAAGAAAAACACAACCGAAAGCCGCCGGUCGCCUCCUGCAGCCCCACUCUGACUCUACCGAGCCGAACACAAACUAAAAACAACAACACAAAAGAUGAGUUCAUAUUUCGUCAACUCGCUCUUCUCCAAAUAUAAAAGCGGGGACUCGUUACGCCCGAACUACUACGAGUGCGGCUUCGCGCAGGACCUGGCCGGCAGCCGGCCCACCGUGGUGUACGGCCCGGGCUCCGGCGCCACCUUCCAGCAUGCUCCGCAGAUCCAGGACUUCUACCACCACAGCGCCUCCACGCUGCCCAGCAACCCGUACCAGCAGAGCCCCUGCGCGGUCACAUGCCACGGCGAGCCGGGUAACUUCUAUGGAUACGACGCCCUGCAGCGGCAGACGCUUUUCGGGGCUCAGGACGCGGAUCUGGUCCAGUACAGCGACUGUAAGCUGGGAGGCGCGCCGGGACUCAGCGGCGAGGACGCGGAGGGGACCGAGCAGAGCCCCUCGCCGACGCAGCUCUUCCCCUGGAUGAGGCCGCAAGUAGCUGCGGGUCGGAGGCGGGGCCGACAGACCUACAGCCGCUACCAGACCCUGGAGCUGGAGAAGGAGUUCCUGUUCAACCCGUACCUGACCCGGAAACGCCGCAUCGAGGUGUCGCACGCGCUGGCGCUGACGGAGCGGCAGGUGAAGAUCUGGUUCCAGAACCGCCGCAUGAAGUGGAAGAAGGAGAACAACAAGGACAAGUUCCCGAGCAGCAAGAGCGAGCAGGAGGCGGUGGAAAGGGAGAGGAGGGAGAAGGAGUUGCGGGACGGCGGCAGCGGAGGCGGCGGAGGAGGAGGCGAUGGAGAAGGAGGUGGAGGAGGAGGAGGAGGCACGGUGGCGGUGGCGGGCACGGCGGGGUCACAGGCCUCCGUGAACGAGGAUUGCUGCGAGAAAACCCAUAAGCAGAUGUAGGGAGGCGAAAUGGAAAAUAAAGAAAAAAGAAUAAGGAGCAGGAUGAGGGGAGAGGUUUGGGUGAGUGUAAAUGCUGGACAG